CUUGAUUGUUCUGCGGUUCAAGUCUGCUGGUGCGGUGUUAUUUUAAUAAGCGAGCAUGUUGAGUCCGAAGAUUCAACGUUCAGUGCGUGUGAACGAUGGGCAACUAGUGACGCUCUCCGAUCGUGCGCAAUACGACCACUCGCAGGCCGGCUACUUGCACAAAAGGAGUGCUGACAAUACAAAAUGGCAGCUGAGGUGGUUUGUUCUUUACCAGAACAUGCUGUUCUAUUACGAGUCGGAGAACAACACGCGGCCAACUGGGGUGCUGUUGCUGGAAGGAUCGUACUGCGAGAGGCUCAGCAAGUCGCCCAUGGAGCGGAACGCUUCUUUCUGCUUCACCAUAACGUAUCGGCGUGAGAGCCAGCGCCAGUACGAGUUGCGAGCUGCCUCGGAGGUUGACUGCGUUCACUGGGUCGACGCGAUCCGGGAGGCGAGCUUCAACAAGUUGCUGCUGCAGAAAGAGGAGUUGGAGCAGAAGCAGCUUCACCUACUGCAGGUGGUGGAGAGCGAGCGCACGUCGCGCUGGCAGUACGCGCAGCAGUGCGACGAGCUGGCCAACGAGGUCAAGAAGCUGAGGACGGAACUUUGCGCGUACAAAAAGGAGCAUGAGCCCAACACUCGCACUUCGUCCACCGCCAGCCUGUCAGCCGCGGACUCGGAUGACAUUGACCCUGCGGAGCUGCGGAAGAUUAAGAAAGUUCAGAGCUUCUUUCGAGGAUGGCUGUGCAGACGCCGUUGGAAGCAGAUCGUGGAGCAGUACAUCAAGAGUCCGCAUGCAGAGAGCAUGAGAAAGAGAAAUAGCCUUGUAUUCAAGAUGGUGGAAGCCGAAGAGGAAUAUUUAGAGCAGAUGGAGAUAUUGGUGACUUGUUUCCUUCGGCCAUUCAAAAUGGCGGCUAGCUCGAAGAAGCCGCCCUGCACGCAUGAAGAUGUCAACUCAAUCUUCUUGAACAGCGAGACGGUGUUGUUCCUGCAUCAGAUAUUCUUCAAGGGGCUUACAUCGCGAAUGGAGUCCUGGCCAACACUGGUGUUAGGGGAUCUAUUUGACAUGCUGCUGCCGAUGCUCACAAUCUACCAGGAGUACGUGCGGAACCACCAUUACUCUCUCCAAGUCCUCACCGAGUGCAAGCAAAGCCAGCCCUUUACUCAACUGCUGGCAAGAUUGGAAACGAAAUCAGCUUUGCAGGGCAGAUCACUGGAGACAUUCUUGACGUAUCCAAUGCAUCAGAUCCCGCGCUACAUCAUCACGCUGCACGAGCUGCUAGCGCACACGCCGCACGACCACGUGGAGCGCCGCAGCCUGCAGCAUGCGCGCGCGCAGCUCGAGGAGCUGUCCCGCCAGAUGCACGACGAGGUGAGCGAGACAGAAAAUCUAAGGAAGAACCUAGCCGUGGAGCGAAUGAUCAUCGAGGGCUGCGAUAUUCUUCUUGAUGUUAACCAAGUCUUCAUAAGGCAAGGAACAUUAUCUCAAGUGGUCGGCAAGGGUCGCCGGGCGUCCUUGCAAGCGCGACAGGCGUUCAUAUUCAGCAACCAUCUGCUGUUGACAACCAGAGCAACUGGCGGGCGUCUUCACCUACCUCCAAAUGGAAGAUUGCCGUUACAUGAUGCCCUGCUCAUCGAGGAUCCAUCUAGCCAUGACGAUGAUGAUAGCGCAUCAGUCUGCUCAUCUCCCGGUGGUGAUAUUUACCAAGGAAAGGAUUUCAAAAUACUGGUCGAAGUUAAAGGAGAACAAAUCUGCGCACACUUAGUCGCUGCAACACUCGAAGAAAAAGCGGCAUGGACAAGCGAGCUAGCACAGUGCAUGGAAAGUGCUGCUUUGACGGAGCUCCUCCGCGCCUGCGGCUCGUGCGGCGCCGCGUCCGCCAGCCUGCCCGCCUGCCGCUCCGACAGGGCGCUGUUCACCGACGACGUGGACAUCCGCUUCAGCAGGACCUUGAACUCCUGCAAGGUGCCGCAGAUUCGGUCGGCCACCCCGCAAAGGCUUUUGCAGAGAUUGACGGAUCUCCGUUUCCUGUCAGUGGAUUUCCUGAACACGUUCCUGCUGACUUACCGCGUGUUCACGGACGGGGUGACGGUAUUGGAAGCUCUCAAGCAGGUGUUCUACGAGCAGUCUCAGCAGGACAUGGAGCUAGCUCCACCGGCUGAUGCGACGAGAAAGACCAGUGCCGCCAGCACUGUUUCUGGUUACGGUUCCGAAUUAAGUGAGCGUGACUGGCAAUCGCGAUUUUGGAAGAAUUCCAGGAAAAGUGAAGAAGAUGAUAAGCUGUCACCUUAUUUGAUGGCACCUUCGCGUCGCACUUCAGCGGUCAGCACCAAAGGACAGGCGGAAGAAGAUAACAGUCAUCUACAAAUACCAAAAAUUAUGGCAACAUCCUCAAGCAACGAGACAUUGAAAGGUACUUCACCCUCUUCACCCAGUGCACUAAGUUCAGUGACUCUAGUUGGCACUCCUAAGAAGACAAGCCCAGUAGAAAGUAUUUCGUCAAAACCACCACCACACAAAGGAUCCCCGACCAAAGACAAUGAUUCAGCAGCAUGCAUCAUGAAAGAUGAGAGCAUUGAGUUGAUAGACCAGAGUGAUGAGGAUAUUAAAUACAAGGAAGAAGAACAAGAAAAAAAUAAGUAUAAAAUCGACGAUAAAUUUAAAAUAUCGCAAAAGUUUUCGGAGCGUGUACGUACAAUGUCGGAAAGCCCUCGACGUCUGCAGCCAUCGGCUCGUGCGGCAGCUGAGGCUCGACGUAGGUCCGAUGGCGCCCGAGAGGUCACCGCAACCGCUAAAGAAGAAAUCGAGCCUCGUCGCGCUUCGUAUACUGUUGCGAGAUCUUUGCCAAGACGUUCUGUGAGUGAAAGGCGUUACACCAACGCUUCAAUAAACAGCGAGAGGCGUCGCUAUUGGGGAGGCUCUGAACCACGCACCUCUGUCACAUCCCAAGUUUCACAAAUGCAGAAUUAUCGUCGAGAGACUGGCCAACCAAAAGCCGGAGUUGUCAUUACCUCCUUCCGCCAGUCUCACCGGAGCUUUGGAAAUGACCUGUUUUGGAGCAGCACAUCUACUGCAGCAGUUGCCUUCGCCGUGGCCACGUCCGCGUCCUCAAACCCAAGGUCUCCGCCGCCGACAUCACCACCACAUGCCAGGCGCGACUCUGUAAUAUCAACGGCUGCUACUAUGAGAGUACUAAAUGUUUUAAGGCACUGGAUUUCCAAGCACUCGUCUGACUUCUGGUCCGAUGAGCGUCUUCGCGGUCUCACCAUGGACUUCCUGAAGGAAAUCGAGAGCAGCCCAGGCCUGCUUCCUGCGGAGAACAAGUCCGCUUCGCAACUGCUGCGGCUACUAGAAAGGCCACCGGACAGGGCCGUGGAUUUAAAAGCCUUGUUUGUGCCGCCCAGAGUACCUACUAAAGAAAGCAUCGAAACAUUGUCGGCCCUCGAGAUCGCUGAGCAAAUGACAUAUCUUGACUAUCAGAUAUUCAGUGCCAUUCACAGCGAGGAGUUCUUAGGCCAAGCUUGGACGAAGGGCGACAAAGCUGAACGCGCACCGCACAUUCUGAUGAUGACAGCUCACUUCAACCAUAUCUCGAACCUUGUUAUAUCGGAGAUUCUCAAAAAAUACACGCUGAUAGGUCGCGCAGCAUCCAUAGAGAAGUGGGCAGCGGUUGCCGACAUCGCGCGGUGUCUGCACAACUUCAACGGCGUGCUUCAAGUGUGCGCUGCACUGGCCAACAGCUCCAUAUUCCGUCUGAAGAAGACCUGGGAUAAAGUGUCCAAGACCAGCAAGCAGACCCUGGAGAAGCUGCAAGUUUUGACAUCUUCUGAAUGUCGCUUUAGAAUUUUACGAGAUGCUUUGCACAGAUGCGAUCCACCCUGCAUCCCUUACCUGGGCAUGUACCUCUCGGACCUCUCGUUUAUAGAGGAGGGGACGUCCAACUAUACACCCGAGUCACUCCUCAACUUCUCCAAGAUGCGAAUGAUUGCCCACGUGAUCCGUGAGAUAAGAAACUUCCAGCAGACCCCAUAUAAAAUUGAUCACAUACCGAAAGUUUGCGAGUUUCUGUUGGAUCGGUCUCUACUGAUGAACGAGGAACGCCAAUACACGUUGUCCCUGGAAUUGGAGCCCAGGGCAUCGCGGGGCUCCGCCGGAGGACUGCCGGGCACCCCCGUGUCCCCCGCCUCCCCGACGGCGCAGCGACGUCGCCGCGCCUCGCUGGCCGCUUUGGCCCCUCUCGCUCCGUUACGAGGCGAUCGUUAA